AUGCCUCCUCGGUUACAAGCUUCAAAAUUUUCAGCACCAGCUGUCCCACAGAUUUCCUCGUGCUCAGUUGCAAGGCCACAUACUUCGUCGUUGCCAGUACGGUCGUCGCGGCAAUUUUCACAGACACCAUGUGCCCAAGUGACGUUACGGCGGAGGAAAUUCUAUGAGUGGCUCAAUGGGCCUGGCCGACAGCUAAAGGAACCCAUACCUGAUUCAACAAACUACUUAGGAGCCUACGACAGGUAUGGCAACCUAGUACGUGCAGGUCCAGGAUGGCGAAAGGAUGGCGCUGCGAAAGCUGCUACUGCGACCAAGACGGACACAUCCAAUGCCGAAUCCCAGGUGGACAAGCCGGCCGAGGAGAAGACGCCUGAAGCACAGGAGAAUCUGGACGAGCUGGAAGCAGCGAUACGGUCUAGUGAUGCUGAAAACAAGGAGAUGAGCAAGAAAGGCGAAGAGGCGGAUGAUGGCAAGCUUCCCCCAGAAACGGCGGAAGACUUGCGACCAUUUCCCCUCAAUCCGUAUUUUCGCAGUCAACCAGUCCUGAGUGAGGACUUGCGCGAAGCGAUAUACAACCGAGUGAAAAAGGAAGGUGCGACCGUCUCACUUGCUAGCGUCGAGUUCGGCGUCAGCAACGAGCGUGUCGGCGCCGUGGUGCGAUUGAAGCAGAUGGAGAAGGAGUGGGUAGCCCAGGGCAAGAAGAUGGCAUUACCUUACUCCAAAGCUGUCCUUUCCAUGCUUCCUACAACACCAUAUAUUGACCCCUCUUUGCCACAAAACAAAGGCAAGAGGCCAGUCACUCAUGAACCUAUUAAUGACCUCAUUGUGCACCCUGCGACACGACAACAACUAUUUGUACCAGUCGCCGAGUCGCGCCGCUUUACACGUGUCGAUGCUGGCAAGGCGUUUGAUAACAACCUCCUGCCUGCUGAUGCGCGUAUCCCCCACCCAGAACUAGUGCAGGCAGAGCGUGAACUCGAGGCAGGCCUUGGCUUCGAAGAGCGAAGGAAGCUUGCUGAAGAGCGCCUAGAAAAGCAACAAGAGCAGAAGAGGAGAGAGGAGAGAAAGAAGGAGGCCGAGCUCAAGGCCCUGAAGGUGGUGCCCCAACGGAGAUGGGAUUUUGUCAUCCAGGAUGUUAGUGUCGAGGCUGCGGGACGCGAUGGAAGAGGAGCAGCGGCAGCUGGAUGGCGGUAUGGUGUACCACAUCAGGAUCGCAAACGAGGUAUACCCAAGAUCCCUACGCGGGUAGAAGCAUAG